GGGGACCACUGACUGUAAAGACCAAGAAUGAGGGGUGGGAAAAGGGAGAGAAACCAACAGUGUUGAGUAUUUAUAAGGAUACCCCAGAGAUCUUUUUCAAGUUUGGUUCACAAAAUAUUGUUUUGUGGGAGGGAAUAUAUGUAUGUGUGACUGAAUGAAUACAUGGGGGUGAGUGAACAGAAUUCUGUUGAAGAGCACUGUGCAUGAAUAUGUCUAAGUGCACAAUUGGCAAGCAUGAUUGAGUGGCAGUGGGGUUUGUAAAUGGAUAUGCAGCUUGGUUCUGUUCCAUUCCACUGAAUCCAACAAACACAUCAAUUGUGUGUUAAAGAGAUAAUGUACAUAGGCCCUGUUCCUGAGGAAUUUACAGAUUAAUACAGGAGGAAAGACGUGUAUACAAAUAAGGUAGAAUGUGUGUGAAUGGGUCAGAGGAGAUACAAUAGAAAGAGCCCUGAAGAAUAAUAGCAUUUAUAUAAUGUACUAGGUUUGCAAGGCAUAGUCCAAAUAUUGUUGCAUUCUAUUCUCACAACCCUGGGAAGUAGGUUCUAUUAUUAUUCCCAUUUUAUAGAUGAGGAAAUUGGGGUUGAGGGUAAAUGACUUGCCUGGAUUUAAAAGUAUGUCUAUAAAUGCUCAACAAUAGGCAUUCCAUGGAGAAAAAUAUACAUAUAAUACACUUUUGAGUUUACUUUGUGAUAAUAUUUUCUCUAACACUUUUUAAAGUCAAGACUAUCAUUUUAAAACAACAUGCCUGAUAGGUAACAGUACAAAUGUUCCCAGUAAAAAUUUAACAAUCAGUUUAAACUGGUAUGACUCAACUUCAGCAAACUCCUGGACAUCCAGCCUGGAUAACACAGCUAUUAGGUGCCUGAAAUUGGAUUUGAAUUCAGGUCUUCCUGCCUCCCCAAGAGCAGCUUUCUAGUCACUAUGCCAUUCAAUUACUUCUAGGAAACCUUGCCUCCAGUUCUGUUUUUCUGUGUGUGACCUUUGGUAAGCAUCUUCCCUUCUCCAGAUUUCAGUUUCCUCUUCUUUUAAAGGCAAGAGUUGGACUAGAUGAGUUAGAUUAGAACUGGGGUUCCCAUCUAGUUCUAAUAGUCUUUGAUUCAGAAGGUAUGAAUGGUCACGUGUGAAUGAAGCAUUAGUUCCCUGGAGAGUACUCCUCUCUGGGCAACACUAUAGACACUGAGACAUGCUGAUCCGGGAAAAUCCCUUUUAAAGAACCAAUAGCUAGUUUCUGGCUUUAGACCCCAGGCAAAACACUUAACCUUGUGUGCCUCAGUUUCCUCAUCUGUAAAAUGAACUGGAGAAGAAAAUGGCAAACCAUUCCAAUAUUUCUAUCAAGAAAAUCCCAAAUGGUAUCAUAAAGAAUCAGACACAACUGAACAACAAAUAACAACAUAGUUCAAAUUUUUAGAAUUGAAAAGAAAUUUAAGAAGCUCAUUUUAUAGAAAACAUUAAGAGAGGGAUCCCAGAUUUUGUCCAAGAUUAUAUAGGUUGUAAGUAGCAAAACCAGACUUGAAACCUAGGUCCUUUGACUCCAGAUCCCACAUCUUUCCCCUGUAUCAUAUUUAUUCUAUAGACUUUGCUCUCACCUACUCAAAUGGUCCUCUCUUUUUCUGAGCUGAAGGUUCCUAUAUUAUCUGUGGAGACAGAGCAGAGGAGUGGAAAGUGAUGAAAUCAGUUUUGAAUCUGCCUCAAGGAAUGGUAAGCUGUGUGAUUCUGGACAAAGUUCCUGGACCUCACUGCAAGCCUCAAUUUCUUUCUCUGUGUGAGGCAGAUGGACUGGUUUACCUCACAAGAUUAUGACCCAAAAAUACAGUUUAUAUCAAAUGCUUUGCAAGCUUUAAAGACUAUAUAAAUGGCAAUUAUUCUGUCUGUUUUAAGGAGCACCAAACCUUGGGGGGCAGAGGAGCGUUAGGGCAGGGUGGAAUUGGCCACACCUGCAAUACUUAUGAGCAAGGAACUGAACGGAAGCAACAACAGGCUGCCUCUCCCAGUGAUAGGCUCUCUCUGGGCCCCCUGCGGUUGGGGCCCUGGGAUUGCUGCACGCUUGGGUUCCCAGAAGUUUCCUCAUUUCCCUAAAUGGGCAAUUUCACUUUCACAACUUCACCAUCCUAUUCACCAGACCCAGGUGGGAAGGCCCAGAGCUGGCUUUGGACGUUGACCUCAGGACCCCAAGGUGCCCACGUCCCUGGGGGAGUGUUCAGAGGAGGCCAUGACCUCCCAGAACCCCAUGGAGCCAGGGACCUGUCUCUGGUUGCUGCUACUCCUCUUGCUGCUGUUUUGUGUCUCAGAGACUCAGAACGAGAUAGUAAAGAAUCAGGAUCAACACCCUCCUGCCAUCCAUCAGCCCAAGGGACCACAUCUCAUGUGCCCUACCUCUGAAUCCUUGAAGGCAUGAUGGACCAGGCAGCCCCACUGCAACUGCUGCUGCUUUUGUUUCUAAUGGAUACGUCGGGGUGGGGAGGAGAUUCCCAGGGACAAGAGUUCCAAGUGAAGUACCAAGAGGGACAGACACUCAAUGUGAGUUGCAACUACAAUGCCAAGAAAGAUAUGUUAAAGUGGAAAAUCUGGUGUAAAGUGCAAAUGAAUGGAACAUUCUAUGAUAAACUAGUUAUGAAGAUCUUAACGUUAGCAGAAUUUUGUUUUGACGAUCGAACCUCCCUGAAGGAUAACAGCAACACUGGUAUUAUCACCAUCACCAUGUCUAACCUCAGGAUGAAUGACUCAGGCAUCUAUUGGUGUGGAAUUCAGGACUUUACAUAUAAUCCUAUAAAAGUUGUCAGACAGAUCAGUCUGGAGGUUUCUCCAGCCACAGCAUUGAAGACCAUUGAACAUUCUCAAACUACCACUGAGACACUUCUGACCACCUCUGUCAUCCCUUUGGACGUCAGCAGUCUGCAAGAUCACCUCAUCAUUUCGGGCUCUAUACUGGGCUCUUUGCUCUUGUUUGGGCUCCUCUAUGCAGGCAUCUUUUGUGCUGUGAAGAUCUCCCAAAAAUCAAGAACAGGUGAUAAUGAUUGCCAUCAUGUCUAUGAUGAUUUCCAGCAGAAGCAAAAGGCCAGGGACACCACCAUAGAAAUGCAAGAAGAGGUUUCUGAAGUCAUCCAAUAUCCCUUGGUGAUCCACGGAAACCAGCUCAGCCUUGGAGAUUCAAGCUACACUAACACAGAGAUGGAACACAAGCUGGGUUCAGCUCAAGUCCCCAUUGAGUCUGUGGAAUAUCCCAGCAUUGCAAGACCCAGACCUCAGCUUCCCAAAUAAGUGCCCCCACAGGAGGCAGUGGUAAGGGAUUGAGUAGGCCCUCACUGAAGGGCCUACUUAAUAUAGAACCUCAAGUUUUGGGGGGAUAGGAGACUUGGGGCACAAGGGAGAGAAAACAUGAAGAGACUCAUUCCCUGCCAUUGAUAGUUUCUCUGGAGACUCUAAGACAGAAAGUGAUCUGAGGAUAAUUGAAAAACCAACAUAUUAACAUGUUAAUGGAUUGAUUUCUCAUAUAUUAUGGGCUGAUUUUCCCAUAUUAGCAUAUUAAUUAAUUAAUUAGCAUAUUAAUGAACUACAAAAUAAGUGAUAAAUACUCUAAUCUUGUCUCUACUUAGUAUAUCACAGAUUUUGACCUUUUAUUUAGUUAGAAUUAUCUAGACCUCAUCUAGUCUUGAGGUUAUCCUUUUUUAAACUUUUUUAUUUUCAAAACAUAUGCAUAGAUAAUUU